CAAACUCCAGGUUCGCUCUGGUCAAUUCUCUUCAUAUUACCUUCAUUUCAAGCACUCGACAAUCGUGAUUGCUGCGCAACAAGAUGGAAAUAGCUGAAAGUACGGAGCCCGCGACGGUGGAUGCGCCACCUGGGAUGGACUCCACCAUUACCAAUGGCGAACAGAAUCUUCUACUGGACGAUUCGAUCAUGGGUGACGACCGAUCGAGUAGUCUGAGCGAGAUUGAUGAUGUAUCCGAAAAUAUACCAUCUGAUUACGAGUCUCCUAAGCCCGAGAGGGUGGCACCGGAAAAUGACUCGGAGGCAGAAACAGAGCGCAUCGAGGAUUCCCCCAAUUUUCGUUCUAAAACAAACAUUGUCGUGAGCGCAGCUGGAUACGAGCCAAGUCCUAGCAAAUUGGCCCAGUCGACGACGUAUGAAGAUGUGGGGGAUGAAGAGGAGCAUGCCGCAGACGAUUCACCCAGCAAGCCUCGCGCCAGAAUUACCCGUAUCACUGAAGUGGUAGAGGAGACUUCUGGGCCAGAGGGCUCUACAAUAUCAUUAGAAGGUGCCGGGAAAAAACGUAAACGGCUGGAGUCGGGCGACGAGCUGGGCACAGAACUCGACGAAGAUGACCUGCCGUCACAGAAACGCCGCGGCUCAGUGAAGAGUGACCUUAGCGACCCGCCUCCGGACGAUAUUGUUUUAAGCCCUGAGCCCAUGGAGGAUCCUUCCAAACCUCUUGAAGAAGAUACCCCGGCAGAUGAGACCCCCGAGUUAAUGUCGCAUGCGGUCCCCACGAAAGGUAAGAGGGCGAAGAAGGGCAAGCGAAAAGGACGGAAAGCUAGAGACGCAGAUGACGAUCUGGAGAACGGCGCCGGUGAAAUGGGCGCAGAAGCUGAUGAUAAUCUUGGAGACGACGAUACUGCUGAGCGUGGUGAAGACGUGGAUGACGGUGAAGCCGCCGCCAAGAUGGAAGAGGAGUCAAAGCGAAUAGCUGCCAUGGAUUCCUUGGCAGUAUUAGAAAGAGAGUUUGCAACGUUACGCGACAAAAUAUACGACGAAAGGAUUUCCAAACUGAACCGGGAGCUGGAAAUGUUGAAUGGCCCGAGUCCCACGCACCCCGAGUUUCUACGGCAGCUCGAUUGCCUUGCCCGCUACAGAGACUCCAAGAUCAAAUACGAGCACACGCUAUUUCAAUACCGAAUACAGGCUCUACUCAACAAGAGCCUAGCUGAGCGAGCGCAAGCACAUAGUACAUACUUUCAGCGUGCUCGAGAUAUUCGCGAGAAACAUUCUAGCGCCAUCAGCAAACAGUUUUACUCUAUACAGCAUGAUCGUUUCAAGACCGACGACAUCAGUCCACAACAUUACAUUCCUUUCCCGACGCGUCGCUCACAGCAAAUUGCACACCAAGCCGCGUACAACCAUGAGGUUUCCAUCAUGGCUGGAGUCGCAAAAUAUGUUGGCUUCCCUGCGGCCCCUUCGCUGUCUGCGGCGCGACCUUCCGAGCUGGAAGAAGAUCUAGAGAAGAUGGGCAUAUCAAUCGAAACAAAGCCCCCGGUCACUCAACAGCAGUCUACGCUACCCCGGGGAAUUAUGCCAGCAAUGUCAUCGAGCGUCUUCCGUACAUCAGCAGAGGAGGCUUUCUUGGAGCAGACUCCAUGGGCCAACCCGCAACAUCCCAUUCAUCAAAAUCAACCAUUGUCACAGAGACCCCAAGCUCGAAUCUUUGAGAAUCCUCGAGCUCCCGCAUAUACCACUCCUGCUGCCCAAAAACGAGUGGUCGACAUCCACGCACCGAACGGCUCGGCCUCCACCAUCGCGGAGAAUUCAUCAGCCAAUAACACCCCGUUUGAUCAGGAACAGGCUCCUCCGAACCUUGGCCAUUUCGUCAAUCCCGAUUAUGAUGCAGAUCAGAGGUCUGGAUUUCGAUCUCUAAGCUCCUCCCCGCUUGACGUGCGGAAACCCCAUUCCGCCUCCUACAAUGCUUUCGACCAUCGUUCUCCGCAAGGUCCCUCUCAGCAUGCUGCUUACUCCCCCCCAUCGGCCCGCCUGGGCCUUUUCCAGUCGGCCACCUCAAAACGGGAACCUUCUCCUUCUCUCUCCACCCGACCUGUCAACUCCAUACAUCAACCGGCAGGCAUCCUGGGCGGCCCUGGCUCCAACCAGAUGAUCGCUCGAUAGAACAAUACCUGUACAC